UCAUUUCCCUACGUCUCUCUCUCUCUCUCUCUCACUCACUCUCUGCACAGAAAGAAAUAGAGAGAAGGUAGAAAGAAGAUGAUAGAACCAUUUUUGCUCCUUAAAAAACAUACCCAUUCCUCACCACACCAUCCAACAACAACAACAACCACCUUCUCAAUGGCCGCGGACAUGUCCAACACCAACACCAACACCAACAACAACAACAACAACCACCCUUCUCACGCCAAGGACUUCUUCGCUUCCCCAGCUCUCUCCCUUAGCCUUGCUGGCAUAUUUCGGCAUGCUGGGGUGGCGGCGGCGGAGGGAGAGGCUGCAACCUCCAACAUGGAAGUGGAGGAUGGCGAUGAAGGCAGCGGCGGAGGAGGAGGCGCCGGUCACACGGUGGAUAUUAGCAGCGAGAACUCCGGCCCCACUAGAUCGAGAUCGGAGGAUGACUACUUUGAAGGAGAAGGUGAGCAUGAAGAUGAAGAUAUUAUCGGUGAUGAUAACAAUAACAAUAACAAGAACAAGAACAAGAAGAAGAGGAAGAAAUAUCACAGGCACACCGCGGAGCAGAUCAGAGAAAUGGAAGCGCUAUUCAAAGAGUCGCCACAUCCUGAUGAAAAGCAGAGGCAACAACUUAGCAAGCAGCUAGGCCUUGCUCCAAGACAAGUCAAGUUUUGGUUCCAAAAUCGCAGAACCCAAAUCAAGGCAAUACAAGAGCGACAUGAAAACUCAUUGUUGAAGACGGAAAUAGAGAAACUAAAGGAGAAAAACAAAGGGUUGAGAGAGACCAUAAACAAAGCUUGUUGCCCCAACUGUGGUGUUGCAACCACUAGUACCAGAGACGGUGCCAUUCCAACUGAAGAACAACAGCUUCGCAUUGAGAAUGCCAAACUCAAAGCUGAGAUCGAGAAGCUUCGAGGAGCUUUAGGAAAAUACGGUGGAUCAGGUGGUGGUGGAUCAACGUCUCCUUCAUGUUCUUCUGGUGCUGCUGGUGGACAUGAGCAAGAGAAUAGAAGCUCGUUGGACUUUUACACUGGAAUCUUCGGAGUUGACAAGUCAAGGAUAAUGGAUACAGUGAACAAGGCUAUGGAGGAGCUCAUAACCAUGGCAACAAUGGGGGAACCCUUGUGGCUUCGUAGUGUUGAGACUGGCCGUGAGAUACUCAACUACGAUGAGUACAUCAAACACUUCUCAUCCCUUCAAAAUUCUUCAUCAAACAACACUAACACUACUCCUUCAUCAUCAAAGAGAUCCAUUAUUGAAGCUUCAAGAGACACUGCCCUUGUCUUUGUUGAUCUCCCACGCCUUCUCCAAACUUUCUUAGAUGCGAAUCAGUGGAAGGAAAUGUUUCCAUGUUUAGUAUCUAAGGCGGCGACUGUGGAUGUUAUAUGCAACGGAGAAGGUUCUAACAGGAAUGGUGCAGCGCAACUGCAUAGUAGUCGACAUACAUAUAUGCUGACUAAUGUUACAAGUGUUGCUACAUUGGCCGGGAGGAAAAGCAUUUUGAAGUUGGCACAAAGAAUGACAUGGGGUUUCUGCCAUGCAGUUGGUGCAUCAAGCUUCCACACAUGGACCAAGGUUACAAGUAAAACUGGGGAAGAUAUUAGGAUCAGUUCACGGAAGAACUUGAACGAUCCUGGUGAACCUCUUGGACUCAUACUCUGCGCUGUUUCUUCUGUGUGGUUACCUGUCUCUCCUAAUGUCUUGUUUGAUUUCUUGAGGGAUGAAACCCGCCGCACUGAGUGGGAUAUAAUGUCCAGUGGUGGCUCAGUUCAGUCCAUUGCAAAUUUGGCCAAAGGACAAGACCGCGGCAAUGCGGUAACCAUCCAAACAAUAAAAUCGAAGGAAAAUAGUAUGUGGGUAGUGCAAGAUUGCUGCACCAAUGCUUAUGAAUCAAUGGUGGUGUAUGCUCCUGUGGACAUCACUGGCAUUCAAUCUGCGAUGACAGGUUGCGAUUCUAGCAAUCUCGCCGUACUUCCGUCGGGAUUCUCGAUUGUUCCUGAUGGGAUGGAAUCAAGGCCAAUGGUGAUUACUUCAAGACAGGAGGAGAAGAACACAGCAGAAGGAGGAUCCUUGUUCACCAUAGCAUUCCAGAUUCUCACCAAUGCAUCUCCAACAGCCAAGUUAACCAUGGAGUCUGUGGAAUCAGUCAACACUCUCUUAUCUUGUACUUUGAGAAAUAUCAGAACAAGUUUACAAUGCGAAGAUAGUUAAUGAGCAAAAUAAUAAGAUAAUUAUCAGAUAGACUUUUAUUAGAAUUUGAUGAUGAUAGGAUUCCCUUUAGUUAAUGUUGGGUUGGCAAAUAUAGCAUGCGUUUCUACCCAUACUCUUGGGUAAUUAAUUAAGCUUUAUUUGUUAUUCUAUUGGAAGCUAAGGAGAAUUUGGAUUGAAUAUAUACAUCUAUCUGUGUCUGCAGCUUCAUAGGUGAAACGAAACAAGAGUCAGGAUGCUUUUAGAUCCUAGAAAAUGAGUAUGGUCUGUAUAGAAUUAUCAUUUUAUUAAUUCCUUAUGUGAUUGGUUUUUUGGUAGUAUCA